AUGACAAACUCACUCGUAUCAGCUGUUGAUAGCGUCAUCACUUAUCUAGCUAAUAUAGUGGAUAAUCCGAAAAUCAAUUACAAGGAACUGGUCGUUCUUUCAACUUGGCUUCAAACUGCAUUCGAAGUAUACAUCUUACGACGUCAAUUACCAUGUUAUGAAAGAUCGUUACCACCACCAGCACUGAAAGAUCACGUGUCAAAAGAGACAUUCACAAAAGCUCAAUCAUACAGUAAAGAUAAAACCAGAUAUUCAUUAUUGAAAUUGGUUUUUGAUCAAUUUCUGGGUUGGGGUAUAAUCAAAUUCGGUGCAUAUGCAGGUGUAUGGAAUUUCACUGGUAAUCUAAUGAAUAAGAUUGGUAUUUCGCAAAGUAGAGUUAUCACACACUCCCUACUAUGGAUGUCAGUCUUAACUCUCUCAUCAUCAAUACCGGGUCUUCCAUGGUCGUACUAUCACACAUUCGUAUUAGAACAAAAACAUGGUUUCAAUAAAUCAACAGUAAAACUUUGGAUUGCAGAUACGUUGAAAACUUAUGCUUUGGCUGCUGUCAUUGGUUUACCUAUCUUGGCUGGAUUCUUGAAAGUAAUUGAAUGGGCUGGAAAAAGUUUCGUUCCUUGGUUAAUGGUUUUCUUAAUAAGUAUUCAAUUAUCAUUACAAAUCAUAUAUCCUACUUUCAUUCAACCACUUUUCAAUAAGCUCGAACCUCUUCCUCAAGGUGAACUUCGAACCAAAGUUGAAGAAUUAGCUGGACAACUUGGUUUCCCUCUUAAACACCUCUACGUUAUUGACGGAAGUAAAAGAUCUUCUCAUUCCAAUGCUUACUUUUACGGUCUUCCAUGGUCCAAACACAUUGUGAUAUACGACACAUUGAUCAAAGACAGUACCGUCGAUGAAGUCGUUGCAGUACUUGGUCAUGAGCUCGGACAUUGGUAUCAUGCUCACCCUACCAAACUCCUUCUCGUCACCGAGAUCCACCUCCUUCUCACUUUGACUAUCUUCUCCAUCUUCAUCAACAACAAAUCGCUAUACUCAUCCUUCGGAUUUGAUCCUUCUCUAGCUACCACAGCUCCUCAACCUAUCUGUAUCGGAUUCAUGCUAUUUCAACUUGUCCUUGAGCCUACCGAUGCUUUCGUCAAGUUCUUACUGAAUGCUGAAACUAGAAGAAUGGAAUACCAAGCUGAUGAAUUCGCUGUUGAACUCGACAAGAAGUCUGAUCUCGCAUCAGCUUUGAUCAAACUACAUAUAACCAAUUUGUCUUCGCCUCAUAAUGAUUGGUUGUAUUCCAUGUACCAUCAUUCGCAUCCUACCCUUCCUGAACGAUUGAACGCCAUGGAAUCGUACAAAGGUGAUGACAAGUUGAAGUUGAAGGGCAAAGGCCAAGAAGGGAAGAAGGAUUUAUAG